AUUAUGAGGAGAAAUUAUCGAGGACCAAAUAGGCCCGCUGCGGUCAGUCAGCCAUUCUUUGGCGGGCUGAUCGCGCGGGUCUUUUUUGGUCUCUUUAAUUUCUUUGUUUCUUUUUUGCGCUGUUUUCGGGUCACGCGGACCGAGGCAGGCGCCACCGGGGAGCGACUCGGUGAACCGGAGGGAGCCUUCGGACCUCAUAGCGAGCGUCCACCGAUGCUCGCUGUGGGGUCCGAGGUGAACCCGGUUCAUCGUGUUGACUGCCCCGUUUCGACACCUGGCACCGCGCUGGAGACCUGUCCAGAUGCCCAACCCCAAAGACCUCUCAUGAGGUUUUCGGAGCGGAUGUCUGUGACAGUAAACGGCGGUCUCACUAAACGACCUUCAUUUCGUAGAGCUGCACGACCUCUGGGAGUGACUCCUCAAAUGCGUCCUACUUGUGCUUCACAGCCAAGUGGGACACGUUUUGAGGAGUUUACACCAAGGCCGUUGCAUGCUCGAAAUGAUCGUUCUUUAGUGGAGUCCCGUUACGUCUCCACCAACUGGCAAGCUAGGGGAAUACGUUCUGUAUACCCUAAGCUUCUCCUCCAUUGUCUGGGCCCUGGCAGGAUACGCUCUGCUGACAUCGCACAGCAGACUGUCAGAGAGAGGAAUGAGGAGGUGAAAGUGAUCGUUAGACGUUGCACACGCAGAUCUAACGUUUCACCCGUACAUCCCUUCAUAAACCCGCUACCUACCUUGGUUCCCCAGCGACGUCGAGGUCAUCCUGCUGCUCCUACUGUAAGUAGUAGAGCCUUAAUGCAGGACACCCCCAGACCUCUUCUGUCAGAGGAAAUCUCUUCUGCACAGCCUGAGCGUCAUCGGGCCCUGGAACCUGGCAGGAGUCUGUCUGCUGUUGUGUCACAGAUUAGAGUUUUACCAGAGCUCUGA